AAAACUUCAAAAUAAUCCAACCCGCAAUCUUUGCGAUCUGAGAUCCUGAGCUGAACAUUGACUACUCCCGGCAAAAAGGCAGUCCUUGGGCUUGAUGGGCCUUCCACAAUCAGACGUUCGACCGUAAAUCAGAACCCAAAUUCUUCACCAUAGCGUAUCCUAGAAAGAAACUGUGACCCAGCGAGCGGAAGCACCAGCAACAAUCCAGUUUAUCCUCGUUCUGCGGGUUUUUGGCGCUUUUACCAAUCCCCCUGGAGGCUGCAGCUGGUGAGCAGAGCUCAAAUUUCUUCGCGCUGUGGAGCUUUUCGCAGUUUAGUAGACUCAGUUUAGCUGCUGGAUGUUGCAUUGCUCGCUUUAGACACUGUAGUUAUGGAUUUUGACGAGUAUGAUUAUUUAGAGAAAACAGUUGAAAAUCCCGAGGGACAGAAAGUGAAGGAAACUGCCAAUGGCGGUGAUGCAGACAUGAAGUCUGGAGAUAAACAUCGUAGUCGAAGUUCAAAGUAUAAGAGUGACAGUAAAGAUGACGGGGAACAUAGGUCAAAACGUUCAAAAUCAGAAGAUGAGUCACGUGAUCAAGAUCGACAUAGGGAUAGGCAUCGGUCUAGGUUCGGAGAGAGAGACCGUGAUAGGCAUAGAAGCAGUAAGGAAAAUAGGGGAAAAGAGGACAGAGAAGGGAAUCAUGAAGAGAGAAGCAGUAGAGACAGGGAUGUGGACAGAGAUAAAGAACGUUCUCACGAUCGUGAUAGACGAGGUAGAGAUGGCGAAAGGAACAGGGAAAGAGAACGAUCACGUCGAAGUAGAAGUCGUUCAGAAAGACAUCGUAGUGAUCGGGAUGAAGGCAUAAGAGAGAGGAGCCGAGAUAAUGAACUCAGAGAAAGAGAAAGAGAGAGAGAGUCUAGAGAGCGAGGCAGAGAUGGCAGAAGAUAUAAAGAUAAAAAGGAAGAAGCAGCUGAACCAGAAGCUGAUCCUGAAAGGGAUCAGAGGACUGUAUUUGCCUAUCAGAUAAGUUUAAAGGCAACUGAAAGAGAUGUGUACGAAUUCUUCUCCAGGGCUGGUAAGGUGCGAGAUGUACGCCUCAUAAUGGAUCGUAAUUCACGACGUUCUAAAGGCGUCGGGUUGACAACUAGUUCCUCUUUGCACCCGAAGGAGUUCUCAAUCAAGAAGGACGUGAACUUGGUAAAGGAUAAGGUGGAGUUAGAUUCACCACGGGGAGAGAAAGUGGACGGCCGUCAGUCUUUAAAGGACUCCAAGAAGCAUUCUCGUCUGCUGAAGCCAUUCCCUGAACAUUUUAUUAGAAAAAAGACAUCCUUCUUCAACUCUUGGACAACAUUAGCCAACUCAGAUUUGCUCGAGGAAUGUUGUGUCAAGGUUCAAAUCCCUGAUUUUUUCCCCAAUAGGUAUGUUGAAUUUGUGGAUGCAAUGUCUGUGCCCAUGGCUAUAGCACUUUCAGGCCAGCUCCUGCUUAGUCAACCUGUGAUGGUAAAGCCAUCUGAAGCUGAGAAAAACCAGGUUCAAUCAACUGCUGCUGCUGGUGGACCGGGUGGAGUAAUGGGCCCCUACUCUGGUGGUGCCAGAAGGUUAUAUGUUGGCAAUCUACACCCCAACAUAACUGAAGAUAACCUUCGUCAGGUUUUUGGAGCUUUUGGCACUGUGGAACUGGUUCAGAUGCCCCUUGAUGAAUCUGGCCAUUGCAAAGGUUUUGGUUUUAUUCAGUUCUCACGUCUUGAAGAUGCUAGAAAUGCACUGAGUUUGAAUGGACAACUUGAGAUUGCUGGUCGAACAAUAAAGGUGUCUACAGUCACAGAUCAGCCUGGUUUGCAAGAUAUUGGAGCAAAUACAGGAGACCUUGAUGAUGAGGAUGGCGGUGGCCUGUCCUUAAAUGCUAGUUCUCGAGCAUCUCUGAUGCAGAAGCUGGACCGUACUCGUGCGGCAUCUAGCAUUGCUGGUUCUUUAGGUACACAUGUCGUAAAUAACACAGGCGCUGCUAUGCCGAUGGCACCUAUCCUUGGAGGUGCAACUAUCCCUUCCCUUGCUGUCGGUACUUCUUUGGCCGCCUUUCCUGCUUUUCCUGGACUUGGUGCAGGCGUUCAUGUUCCCGCUGUUGCUGCCAGUUUACUUGGUGUUGGUACUCCAAGUGAAUGCUUACUGUUGAAGAAUAUGUUUGAUCCUACAGCUGAGUCGGAACCAACUUUCGAUCUAGAUAUCAGAGACGAUGUUGAAGAGGAGUGCUCUAGGUUCGGAAAAUUGAAACAUAUAUAUGUUGACAAGAAUAGCGCUGGUUUUGUAUAUUUGAGAUUUGAAAAAUCAGAGUCUGCAAUGGAAGCCCAACGUGCCCUUAAUGGAAGAUGGUUUGCUGGGAAAAUGAUCGGUGCAACUUUCAUGGACAUCCCGAGCUAUGAAGUGAAAUUUCCAGACAGCAGAUAGUACUAGUCCAAGUUUAGUUUGAAUGCUCUACUCCGAAAUGGUUACCGGCCUGUUGGUGCAUUUGAUUACAAAAGUGGCUAAGGUGCUAAGAUCAGAAGAUGAUUUGUAUGUCUUUGAAAGGUACACAAUUUACGAUUUACUAGCACGAUGGCCUUGCGAAUGAAGACGGUGAAAAGAAAUUGCAUAGCUCAAUAUAGAAUACAUUGUUCAAUAUGAAUACUGAAAAGUUGAUUGUAAUGUAACUGACAUAUGGUUCUUUUGUAUGUUCUAUUAGUGACUUGACCUAGGAAAUUCAGUGCCGAUUCGUCGACCCAGUCGAUUUAUAUCUAAAGAUAUGAGAUUUGCAAUGUUGGCUGUUCAUGUUAUGGAUAUUAUUUUAUGCCUUAGUUUUAACUGAUUUGGGAACAUAUGAAAUUUCAAA